UAAUGACAUAUUACAUUAGUCAAAAAUAUUGCUAGAAAAGGGAGUAUUAUUGUUUUGAACAUGUCCAAAUAAAUUAUGAAAAUGUGAUUUUUUUUUCUGAUAUAACUGAUCAGCUGAGAAAUAUUUAAUUUUCUCGUGUUGAGGAAUAAAAUAAUGCCAGCCAUGAAGGACGCCAGUAUUGUAAAAAUUGCGGUUGAAAUGACUGAUCAGGUACCACAACUGAUAGAAUUCAAUCAAAAGCAACCCUUGGCAGGCAUAAUACAAGAACUAUGCAAUGGAUGGAAUCUCACGGAUCCGGAACAAUAUGCCUUACAGUUCAAUGAAAACAAUAAUAGCAAUUAUAUUACUGAAAAAAAUAGAAAUGAAAUAAAAAACGGAUCUGUCUUACGUUUACAGAAUUCACCUUCUAAAACAGCUCAAGAUAUUCUCAACAAACUGAACACGGGAAGCUCUGAAGAUAAAACUAAUGCUAUGAGUAAACUUUCUACUCUCAGUGCUGAUAUGACUUUUGCUCUUGAUUUCAUAAAUAAACAAGGCUUAACCCUAAUUAUUAAACAAAUUGAAGGAGGAAAAUGUAAAAGUACCGUACUUGCACACACCCUUCUUUCUUUUGUGGAAUUGAUGGAGCAUGGUAUUGUUUCUUGGGAUAUCUUAAAUGGAGAAUUCAUUUCUAGAGUAGCAGGUUUUGUGAACACACCGCAGGAAGCACAGAUCACUCAGGCAGCACUUUCAAUUUUAGAAAAUGUGGUUCUCAACAGUACAGAGGGUUACGGACAGGUCGAGCGAGAGGUACCCAUAGGCUCGCUAGUGGUCCAUCUUCAAGCUGCACCAGUUGUGCAGCAGAAUGCUGUUGCACUGAUAAAUGCUUUACUUUCAAGAGCUGAUUCUAUUAAAAGAAGAACUUUGGUAGCUACUCUCACAUCGAAACAAGUUAGAACUAUGAUUCAAAAUAAUAUUCUACAAACUGGGGCUGCCAAAGGAGCCGAAAUGGCACAUCAGCUAUAUGUUUUGCAGACUUUGAUGUUGGGACUCUUGGAACAAAGAAUGAUGACAAAAAUGGAUCCUCAGGAUCAAGAUGGCCAUGACAAAAUUAAGGAGCUCAGACGAAUUGCUUUCGAUAAUGAAGGUGCUGGUAGUACAAGAGGCCCGGGUGGCUUUACAAGGGAUUACAAGAAGCUUGGUUUCAAAAAUGAUAUAAAUCCUGCUCUGGACUUCACCGAAACCCCGCCGGGUCUUUUAGCUCUAGAUUGCAUGAUUUAUUUUGCUCGCAAUCAUCCUGAGAAUUAUACUAAACUUGUUUUGGAGAACAGUUGUAGGGCAGAUGAACAUGAAUGUCCUUUUGGAAGAGCGAGUGUUGAACUGGUGAGGAUCCUGUGCGAAUUGCUAAAAAUUGGUGAACCACCAUCUGAGCAGUGUGUAACGUAUCAGCCACUAUUCUUCACCCACGAUCAUCCUUUUGAAGAGUGCUUUUGCAUCUGCAUUGUUUUACUGAAUAAAACUUGGAAAGAAAUGCGAGCUACCGCCGAAGACUUCCAAAAAGUUGCUAGCGUCGUUCAAGAACAGAUUGUCAGAGCUCUGGAUACUACGCCGGCUUCACUUGAACAGCUGAAAAGUAAGUUACACACGUUGACUUAUGGUGAAAUCACCCAACUUUGGCAAUUGGAGAGAAACACCAGGGAAGAAUGGGAGUCCCAUGCCAGACCUGUGGUUGAGUUGAGGGAGCUGAUCACUCCCGAAAUUUUGGGGCUGGUGAAGCAACAAAGGCUUUCGUUUUUGGUUGAAGGUACCAGAUUCACCAAGUAUUCCGCUAGAGGUCAGAGGAUCAAAGACAAAUUUUGGUACAUGCGUUUAUCACCCAAUCAUAAAGUUUUACACUACGGUGAUUGCGAUGAAAAGAGCGCCCCCUCUACAGAAGAACUUCAAUCCAAACUGGCAGUUUCUGAUAUCAGAGCAUUACUAGUGGGUAGAGAUUGCCCUCACAUGAAGGGGCGUAAGGCAUCUCACCAGCUGGCCUUCUCUUUAGCCUUGGAAGGUGUAGAUCUGCAAUCUUUAGAUUGUGUGGCGCCAGACGAGUUGGCAUUGGCUUACUGGACGGAUGGCAUCAAUGCUCUGCUCGGACAGAGAAUGCAGAGUAAGGAAACUGAAAAAGAUUUAGACACAUUAUUGAGUAUGGAGAUUAAGUUGAGGUUAUUGGAUGCGGAGGGAGUCACAAUUCCACAAGAUCCUCCACCUAUCCCACCCGAUCCACCACAUUACCAUUUUUGCUACGAUCUAAAAUAGGUUUUUUAUUGAAUAAGACAUCAAAUUAUAUCUGUUGGUAAUAGUUAGCAAUUGUCAUUUUGGGAGCAAUCUUCGAAAGACCCCUCUUAAAAGUUUCUUUAACGUUAAGCCUUCAUUAUAUAAAGGAAACGCAACUCUAGUAGGUGUAUUAGGUUUCCAAACUGGUGAAAUUACAUAGUUAGACCCUUAGGUGUGGUGCUCGUUCUCAUGGUUUGAAAAAAAUAUUCUACAUAAUAUUCACAGAAAAAUUUUAAACAGUUGGAAUUAAUUACUGUUACUGUGUUUUCUAUGAUUGUUCUAAUUGUAGUCGUCACUGGAACUGGCAGAUUUUAAUCCAAAUCACACUUUGUUACACAGAAUUUAAUUUAAUAUUAGUGAUGUGAUAAGAAAAUUUCAGUUAACUUAUUUGGACUACACGAAGCCCAAGCAUAAUCAAUCUCUGUUGAUUUUUCUUUCUGAAAAUCUUUAGGUUGUCUUAUGAUUCGUUCACGAAUAUCUUAAUUCAUAAUAGACAUGAAAUGAUAAUUAUUAUUGUUAAAGUUUUGGAUAAUCAAAUUGAUGAUUACUUGGAUGAACUGAAUUUCGUGAAGAUUUCCCCGUCUAUUCUAAGAAUAUCUAAAAAUAGGUGAAUCAAAUCCUAAAUGACAUUGGAAUGUGAAAUUUUCAUUCACCUUUUUUUUAGUAAUAUUCCUGAAUAGUUAGAAUUUUAUAAAUUCAGACUUUUAUUGUCUAAUAUGAUUCUAUUAUGAUUCGAAAUGUAUAAAAGAACAAAUAAAAUUAGAAUGA